AUGCUCGUCGUUGCCCGAGACCUCGUUCGAUACUCCGAGACGGCGCCAUCUGACGUUGAGAUCCACCCCGAGAAGUCCUCAACGCUGAAGGUCGGGCCCAUCGUCGGCAUCGGCGCCGGUUGCCUCAUCUUCGUGCUGGCUGCCGCCUGUGGGAUCGCUAUUUACAUGCGGCGGAGAAGGGAACGCCGCGAGAAACGCCCCGAAGACGACGCAAUCUCCCUCGAGUCCGGCCGAGGCCGGUCUUAG